AUGAGUGGACAGGCCGCCGCAGUCCCCGCUGCAGUCCCCGCUGCUGCCCCCGCCAUCACCCCCCUCAGCAUCCGGCGGGCCUUUGAGGUGGGCAUUGUCAAUCUUCGGGCCAGCAUUGACCGACGUGAUGCAAUGGCCAGCAACCCCCCCUUCGACGCCCACGAGUUCGAGGUUCUGAGCGAGCGCAUCUUGGACACCAAGGUUGAGUUCGCAAAGCAGAUCCGCCGCUGGGGCGACCGCUGGGACGCCGUCAUCCUGGCGAACCUGUACGGGCAGUUGAUCGGGGCCAUGCCCGACGAUGAGGGAAACUUCCCCUAA